AUGGCUACAACUAACCUCCCCUCCAUUGCCGUUGUGGCUUCAUCUCGUGCUGUCAUCUCUGGCCGUUUGACCUCUGCUACUGUGGUGAUCUCGCGGACAACCGGUAAGAUCACUGCUGUUUUCGAUUCCGUGAUCCCAGCGUCGGAUUUCCCUGCCGACACUCCCUACACCGACUACUCGCCUCAUGUUCUUCUGCCCGGUCUCGUCGAUGCGCACGUUCAUCUGAAUGAGCCCGGCCGUACGGAAUGGGAAGGCUUCUACACUGGUACGCAAGCCGCUGCUUUUGGUGGAGUCACUACUGUCAUUGAUAUGCCCCUCAAUGCUAUCCCACCUACCACCACCGUGAACGGACUGAAGGAGAAAAUCCAGGCUGCCCAGGGCAAGUGCUGGGUUGAUGUCGGCUUCUAUGGCGGUAUCAUCCCCGGCAAUGCGGGUGAGCUGAAAGCCCUUGUCCAGGAGGGUGUCCGUGGCUUCAAAGGUUUCCUGAUUGACAGUGGUGUCGAUGAGUUCCCUGCUGUCGGCAGAGAAGAUAUCAAAAAGGCCAUGGCAGAGCUGGCCGAUGAGCCAACGACCCUCAUGUUCCACGCAGAGAUGGUCCCCCCCGUUACCUCAUCUGUCGGCGAUGAAGUCCAGGCCUCCGAUGCCCCUGCCGACCCCGUUGGCCCUCUCGAGGCUUAUGCGACUUUCCUGGCCUCCAGACCCUCGUCAUUCGAGACCUGCGCCAUUGAAAGUAUCCUCUCUCUGGCUCAUCUUGCCCCCAACCUCCCUCUGCACAUUGUCCAUCUUUCCGCAAUGGAGGCUAUCCCUCUGUUGCGGGAAGCCCGCGCUAAUGGUGUCAAGAUCACGGCCGAGACCUGCUUCCACUACCUGUCCCUGGCAGCCGAGGAACUGAACCAAGACGGUCUUUGGGAGGAGCUGGAGAAGCACACCGGCGACGGCGUCAUUAAGACCGUCGUCUCCGACCACUCUCCCUGUACACCCAACCUGAAGAUGCUUCCAGCCCACGUACCCGGUCACUGUGCCGGCGGCAAGGAAGAGGAGAGUGGCAACUUCUUCUCCGCAUGGGGAGGUAUCUCCUCUGUCGGACUGGGCCUGCCCAUCCUUUGGACAGAUCUAAGCCGCCGCAAGGGCCUGACCUCCUCGCCAGAAGACGAGAAUACCAAGAAUGCUCUCCAGGAUGUUGUUCGUCUUUGCUGUACCAACACUGCUGCUCAAGUCGGUCUGCAGUCGCACAAGGGUGACCUAGUCGUCGGCUUCGAUGCCGAUAUCUGUGUCUUCGAUGAUUCUGCCGAAUGGACCGUCGAGCCAAGCACCAUGCUUUUCCGCAACAAGUGCUCUCCCUACCAGGGCCGUACUCUGCGCGGCAUGGUCCGUGAGACCUGGUUGCGUGGUGAACGUAUCUUCAGCCGCGACCAGGGCUUCGAGGACCAAUCUCCCCACGGCAAGCUGCUUCUCGAGAAACGGGUUUGA